GGUUUUACAUAUGAGGAUGGACAUCUGAGUUAUGGGAAUCUCUUUUUGCUAUUGUUCCUUCUGCUUCUCAUCUUGCCCUUUUCAUUUGGAAUGAUUCUGUCAUUUUUAAUCUUUGUUCUUUCCAUUGUUCUUGCCAUAUACAAGAAAAUGAAUAACUUAUCAGAAGACAUCUUGAGCACUUCAUGGCACAAACCAAGGCACUUUUUUGCACGCUAUUUGACUAAAUUAGGAAAGACAAUGCAUGACCAUGAGAUUAUAGGGAUGGAACAUCUACCUGAAGGACCAGGGAUUAUUGUUUUCUAUCAUGGAACUUUCCACAUUGACUAUUUCUUCUUAUUAAGUAGACUGUAUUUACAGAGAGGAAAAUUGUGCAUUUUAGUAGCAGACAAGGCACUGUUCUACGUACCAGGACUGAAGCCUCUUCUUCAAGUGAUGGCUGGCAUACCUGGUAGCAAAGCUGAAUGUGUAGAAAUGCUGAAGAAAGGCUGUUUACUUGGGAUUGCACCUGGUGGAGCAAGAGAAGCAUUCUUCAGUGAUGAAAACUACAAUCUCCUCUGGGGUAAACGCAAAGGUUUUGCUCAACUAGCCUUGGAAGCCAAAGUGCCCAUUAUCCCCAUGUUUACAAAAAAUAUUAAAGAGGUAUGCAGAGGAUAUGGAAGAACACGUCUGUCAAGAUGGUUAUAUGAGAAAACUCGAUUUAUAAGUACUCCGAUGUAUGGAUAUUUUCCUGUUAAAUUAUGCACAUAUCUUGGAGAACCCAUCCCAUAUGAUCCGAAUACUACUGCUGAGGAACUAGCUGAAAAAACAAAGGUUGCAAUUGAAAAUCUUCGUGAUCAAUACCAAAAAGUACCAGGAAAUAUAUUAAGAGCUGUAUCAGAACGAUUUGGUAAACAUAAUAAAGAUUAG